UUGUGAGUACUGAUGAAGGAGGCCCGUUUGCAGAUGGGUUGCCACUGCCACCUGUAUACAACACAUUUUUUGGCUCUCCAACUUUGAACCUUCCCAGAAUUAACACACCCCUCUCUCUCCACCAUUAGUAUAAAUGUCGGCUGAGAGAUCAAUUUCAAUUCACUGAAAUCAAACAUCUUCUCUUCAAACACCUCUUACCAACCAUACAGCACAUCCCUCAAUGGCACCCAUCUAUUCUUCUUCUUCAGCUGUUUCUACGGCCCUGCUAAUCUCUGUAGUGGUAAGCUUCUUAAUGGCUGCCUCAGCAGGUAACUUCUACCAAGACUUUGACAUCACUUGGGGGGAUAGGCGUGCUAAGAUACUCGACAAUGGAGAGUUUCUCACUCUUUCCCUUGACACGACCUCUGGAUCUGGUUUCCAGUCCAAGAAUGAGUAUUUGUUUGGGAAGAUUGACAUGCAGCUCAAACUUGUUCCUGGAAACUCUGCUGGCACCGUCACUGCCUACUAUUUAUCUUCACAAGGGCCAACCCAUGAUGAAAUCGACUUUGAAUUCCUGGGGAACCUCAGUGGGGAUCCAUAUAUCCUCCACACUAAUGUGUUCAGCCAAGGCAAGGGGAACAGAGAGCAGCAGUUCUACCUCUGGUUUGACCCCACUGCUGAUUUCCACACCUACUCCAUCCUUUGGAAUCCCCAGCGCAUAAUCUUCUCUGUGGAUGGUACCCCCAUCAGAGAGUUCAAGAACUCUGAGUCCAUUGGUGUUCCAUUCCCAAAGAACCAGCCCAUGAGGAUAUACUCCAGCCUCUGGAACGCAGAUGACUGGGCACAAGAGGUGGGCUGGUGAAGACAGACUGGACCCAAGCCCCCUUCACUGCUUCCUAUAGGAACUUCAAUGCAGAUGCCUGCAUUUGGUCUUCUGGAGCAUUUUCUUGCAGUUCAAAUACCCCACUUCUA